UGCUGUUCAAACAUGGUCAAGGUUGGAAUUAUUGGAGGAAGUGGUUUGGAAGAUCCAAAUAUUUUACUGGAUCCAGUCACAGUUGCCGUAGAUACACCAUAUGGAAAACCAAGUGAUGAUGUUGUAGAAGGAACCAUAAAUGGAGUCGAAUGUGUUUUGUUGGCUCGACAUGGUAGAAAACAUGAUAUAAUGCCAGGAAACGUAAACUUCCGCGCAAAUUUGUGGGCACUCUAUUCCAGAGGUGUCGAUGUCAUAAUCGCAUCUACAGCAUGCGGAUCUCUCCAGGAAAACGUCGAACCAGGACAUUUACUGUUCCCAGACUCAGUGUUCGAUAGAACAACUGGGCGCCAAAGCACAUUCUUCGAUGGAAGCUACGAUCAAGCUCCAGGAGUCUGUCAUAUUCAAGCUCAUCCAACGUACAAUGAGAAACUGAGACAGGUUCUAAUUUCAACUGCUGAAAGAUGUCAACUUGUCCAUCAUAGAACCGGUUUCGGAGUGUGCAUUGAAGGUCCACGAUUCUCAACAAAAGCUGAGAGCAUGGUGUUUAAGUCAUGGGGAGCAAGCUUAGUUAACAUGACAAUGAUGCCAGAGUGUAUUCUUGCCAAGGAACUCGGUAUUCCAUACGCUACCACAGCUCUUGUCACUGACUACGAUUGCUGGAAAGAAGAAGAUCAUGUGACUGCAUCAUCUGUAAUGAAAGUGUUUGCAGCAAAUGUUGAAAAGGCCAAGACAUUGUUCGUAGAAGCUGUUGGAGAAAUCGGAAAAAUUGAUUGGAGCGCAGAAAUUCUUAAACUCAAGACCGAAGCUCGCGAAUCUGUCAUGAUUUCACCGGACGUCGUCAUUCCAUUCCUCACCACUGACAAUCAGAAAAAGUUUUAAAAUUUAUUUUACAAUCAUUAAAAUAAAGAUAUUAUUGC